AGAUGGCUGCGUUCAAUUGUUGACGGGGACACGUUACCAACUACAGUUAAAUGGUUGGACUCGGAUGAUCCAGUCGGUGAACUUUGGAAUCAGUUUGGUAACGUGGAAAAAUGGAUGUCAACGCACGAAAGAAGCAAAAUGAGAUCGCACGACGAAAAAUGAUCGACCUGCAGGAUGUUAGAAUAACGAAGUGUCCGCCGGACUCGCCGUGGCUCAGACCUGUUCGGAUUGUAUAUCGGCAAGAUGGCGAACAGAAGGAGUGGGACGUUGUGAGAGUUCAUGACGGUGUAAGUAUAAUUAUCUUCAACACGAGCAGGAAGAAGCUUGUGUUCGUCAGACAGUUCCGUCCUGCGUUCUUCUACACGCAUGUAACUGAGGCCAGCGGACCGGUUGACCUUGAGAAAUAUCCGCCGAAAUUGGGUUUGACCUUGGAACUCUGCGCCGGCAUCAUUGACAAGGAUAAGUCACUGGUCGAGAUCGCGAGGGAUGAGCUGAGGGAAGAGUGCGGUUACGAAGCACCUGCGGAGAGUAUUAAACUUAUCAAUACUUUCGGGAACACUUGCAGUUCUGUCUUCAAAAAUACGCUCUUUUAUGUGGAAGUGACAGAUGAGAUGCAAACUCACCCCGGAGGAGGCGCUGCGUCUGAAGGGGAACUGAUUGAAGUGGUGGAAAUGAGCAUCCCUGAAGUAAAACAAUACAUCAAUUCUGAGAAAGUACAAAGCCCUCCAAGUUUCAUGUAUGGUGUGACCUGGUUCCUUCUUAACAAACCCGAACACUGUUCUUAACACACUUGAAUCCUUUUAAAAGAUGUUAAAAAUAAGUAUCGCUGAGUUAAACACUAAAUAAAAGGCUUAUCCUUUAACUGAGUUUAUUUACAAAGAACAUGUAUGUACACAAGUGAAUGUGAAAGAGAUGUAUGAUUAAGGGCUGGAUGAAUCGAGGUAAACUGGUAUUAAGUCAAUGCUCAGAUUCAUCUUUUGCAAAUUGGGAACUGACCCAAGCAAGACCCCACUUUAAAUUUGUCAGAAGAAAUUUCAGUGCUUUGGUCCAUUGUUCUUCUGAAUUAAAUUGUAUUCUAUAACAAAAUGCAUAGAAUGAAUAUU